AUGUCUGCCUACUCCCCGGCCCAGAACGGGGCAAGUGAGAAAGGAAUAGAAUCCGUGAGGCCCGAGACGACUCUGGAGAGAUCCGAGACGGUUCAGAUCAACGGCGCGCGGUUCCCGGCACCGAGGCCACUUCCUACUGCCGCAACUUCGCUCCCCAUCGGCGCGUUCGCCACGACGCUGACGACGCUCUCGCUCAGUUUGAUGGAGUGGCGAGGGGUCACGACGACCAACGUCUACAUUGCGAACUUCUUCUUCCUCGCCGCGUUCGGGCUCCUCAUCUCCGCGCAGUGGGAGCUCACCGCCGGCAACGGCUUCGGGUACAGCGUCUUCAGCGCUUUUGGUAUGCUUGCCCGCCGCCGUCGCGGAUCGAGCCUGGGGUUCACUUGGUUGAUAGUUACUUACACGCGAACUCCAGGUCUGUUCUACGCGGGCUAUGGGGCCAUCUUGACGCCCUCCUUCGGGGUGGCUGCGGCCUACGGCGAUGACAUCCAGCAGUAUAAUAACGCCUUGGGACUUUUCAUGAUCAUUUGGAGCGUCUUCGUCCUCGCGUACUUGGUGGCAUCCCUGCCCACGAACGUCGUUUACAUCCUGAUCUUUGUGUUUGUGGAGCUCGCCUUCGUCGCCGUUGCCGCUAGUUACUUCGCCGCGGCGGACGGCAAGCAGGCAGCCUCGACGGGGCUCAAGAAGGCUGGUGGUGCUUUUGCCUUUCUUGCUGGGCUUGUCGGGUGGUACUUGACUUUCCACCUGCUACUGAAAGACUCGGUCGUGGAGUUGCCGCUAGGGGAUACAUCGCAGUACUUCCCUAAGACGAGGAAAAGGCAGGAAUAA